AUGUUUGUAAGGCCGGCGAGCAGGGUUGAAAUUUGGAAGGCCGGCUUAACGACCCCCUUAGCGGGAAACUGCGCUUUGCACUGACUGGAUUACACAACGCCCUUGACGCUCAGUAUAAAGGGUAAGUUUUCUAAAUUCCAGCCUACUCACUUUCACCUAAGCAUGCGCUCUCCAAUAACCCUGAUAACGGAAGACAAAAUUCAAGGUAGGGCACACCAGGACACGCACAACACCCGCCCGUCGCUCUCGUAACUCCACGCCAGUAGCUAUGGUGCUCACGCGCCUCCAGGUGUCUAUUUUGCUCCUAGCAACUGCUGGUUUCGCAGCGUCUGGGCCAACCAAGAAGAAUAUUGAGGGCGAGCUGGUUAAGCUUGACCGCGACGAUGGAGAUGGCGCCGGCAAUUGGGCUCUGCUGAACCGUCGCACCGGCCUGUUUGAGCCCCUGGGCAAAAUGGGCCCCGGCCACAAGAUGCCGCAAAAGGACAAGAACGGCAAGGGGCUGGCCGCUGGACAGUACGUCACCAUCGGCUGCACCGUGGACGCAGCCGCCGACCAGUGCACCUUUGUGGCGCAGCAGGAUGUGGCCAUCGUCAAGCCCGCCUACGUGCCCGUGGCAAAACAGGUGCGCGAGAGGCUGCUGAUCCUGAUAAUGGACGCACCCGCCUGCGGCGCCGCCGCCCCCAUGACCGUCUCCACGGCCGAGACGCUGUGGUUCGGACCCAACAAGGACGCCAGGGGGGGCUACGCCAGCCGCGCCGAGAUGUGCAGCUACGGCGAGUUCGUGAUGGAGCCGCCGCCCGCCUCCAAGGUCAUGACCGUCACACCGCCCUGCUCCUGGCCCACCGCCACCUGCGACUCCUGGGCCAUGGCCAACGCCGCCCGCACCCAGGCCCAGGCGCUGCUGGGCGCCGCGGCCUACGGCGCCUUCAGCCACCACAUCCUGGUCAUGAACUUCCCCGCCGCGUGCCAGUGGGCCGGCCUGGCCACGCUGGGCGGCGGCGUGGAAGGCGGCGGACAGGUGUGGCUCAACGGCGCCACCUACAGCCAGACGUUCGGCUCCUUCCAGGUGCCGCUGCACGAGAGCUCCCACAACUUCGUGCUGUACCACGGCUACAGGUUCCACCUGGAGUACCAGGACAAGACCAGCUACAUGGGCACCGGCACCGCCUGCCCCGCAAGCACCGAGACGUCGCUUUUGGGCUGGUCCUCCCCGGUUGAGGGCGGCAAUCUGAACAGCACCACGCUGCCGACGGGCCCGGCCGCCAGCGGCCCCUUCGUGCUACCCGCCACCUACCUCACAGGCUUGGGCAACUACGUCCGUGUACAGCCCGACUGGCUGCCGUACUACAACAACGCGCAGUACGGCUUCAACCUGUACAUGGAGGUACGGGUGCGCGCCAACGGCGACGACAUGAUGGAUCCAGUGUACGACCACAAGCUUAUCAUCCACGAGGUGUCGUCUCUGUACAACAACGACCCCGUGACCUACCGCACCGCCGACCCCCAGUCCAACUACCUGACCUCGAUGCCCGCCAGCAGCCGCCUGGUACUGCAGAACGACUACUACCCCUACAGCCUGGUGCUGUACACGGGCGCCUUCACCGGCAGCAGCGGGGCCUUCCUGCCCGUCUACCUGUGCCGCUACGCCGUCGCCGAGUCCGAGUGUCCAUCGCUGUCCAAGGUUUUGUCCGGCACCAACACGGCGUCCUCGUCCCCUCCCCCGGCGUCCUCGUCCCCUCCCCCGGCUGCCUCCCCCCCGCCCCCGGCGUCCUCCCCCCCGCCCCCGGUGUCCUCCCCCCCGCCCCCGGCGUCCUCCCCCCCGCCCCCGGUGUCCUCCCCCCCGCCCCCGGCGUCCUCCUCCCCGCCCCCGGCGUCCUCCCCCCGACCCCCAGCGUCCUCUUUACCUCCCCCGCCCGUAUCUUCCCCUCCCCCGCCCGCCUCUUCACCUCCCCCGCCCGCCUCUUCACCUCCCCCACCCGCCUCUUCACGUCCCCCGCCCGUAUCUUCACCUCCCCCGACCGCCUCCCCAUCCCCGUCACCCAAGGUCAAGCCCGGCAAGAAGUUCCAACAGGCAACAGGCCGGCGCUCCGCUCUGGGAAAUGAGUGGCAGGGCCUGGACAACCCCAUCGACCAACGCAUGCCUAGCAGCACCACCACCACCAGCGACCCGAGCUCAAGCAGCCAUGAGAGGAGCGCUGCCGCCAGCGGCAGCGGCGCCAAGCCGGCACGCCGGCUGCUGCUGCUGCCGAUGCCUUCGGACCAGCAGAGCAUCAGCAGCGAGGCACCGUAACCGCAGUGUACAGCUGAGAAGUGAAGAUAGAUGGUCUGGGGCAUGCAAGGCUUCUAAAACUUACACCCUGCUGUGUCGUUGAUAUACAUUCGUCGUGCGCGUGUGCCCCGGGUAUAUAUGCGUUCUAUUGAGCAUGGGCCAGUGCUCAGGGUUAAGUGUUCUUCGAGCUGAGAUACUCAGUCAUGGCGGUUGCCGCGUGAGCAUGGUUUAGUACCUGUUUGUUAGCGCCCACGGAGCUAGUGAGGUCACUAUGUCAUCAAGAGCUAUUGGAAGCUGUCAAGGCGUGUCACAUGCACACACAUACACAGCAGACUAGGUCAUGCGUUUCACUCCAUUUCACAUGUGCAUACGGUUAUCAUCAUAUACCGUAGCUGUUCACACGCAUUGUCUUAGCCUAUGAACUACAAUGCACCAUACUUUGCUGCCACAUCACUCGUGGGUCUGGGAAGUUACGCUCAUGCACCCUGUGAUUGACGAGUGUUGCGGAACUAAUGUGCUAAAGUGAGUCGCAUUCAUUUACGGACCUCUGUUAUGCAGAAAUGCAUACCGGUAUUGCACACCAUCCAUGAACUGUUUCCAUUCAUUACGGACGUGGGUACGAGUGCGCCAAAGCAGCGCAACCGGGUGGUUGGGUUACAUAUUGAAGGCAGGGCCGUGUAUGUGCUUUGGUCGGGAGAAACGCAGGAGGAAUGGAACACCCAACUGGGGCGUUACACCGCUAGAGGGUUUGUUUUUGAGUUGUUGAGUCUGUAUGUGUGAGCGGCGGGUCUAAGAUGCGGGAAGUUAGCUAGCCUGACAGGCGCAUACAUGUGGCCCACCAUAAGAUGACGACGGGGGUCUGCGGGUGCCAGCUAGGUGCUAGGCACGCCGAGGACAAGCCGCAAGCAGAACAUGUGCAGUCGCCGAAUGGCAAUGACCAGGGUAGUGGUAGUGGUAGUGACCACGCACAUGGCGGUUGUAACCUGGCUGGCUGAAGAGGAGGGGCACAGCUCGUGUCAAUCCAGUGCGCGAGCGGUGAGCUAGUUACAUACUGAAGGCGGGGACUUGUGUUUUGGUAGGUUAGGAGCUGGCAGGGAGAAACGCAGGAGGAAUGGAACAUCCACGGGGCAUUACGCCGCUAGGUAGAGAGAUUUUGCUUGUGAGUUUGUUUUAAAGUCUGUGUGAGCGGCGGGUCAUCGAUGCGGGAAGGUAGCAAGCCUGACAGGCGCAUACAUGUAUGUGGCCCUGGCGCCACCCAUCCACCUUGAGAUGACGAGGGAGGGGUAUACGGGUUGCCAGCUGGAUGCCAGCAGGCACGCCGAGGGCAAGCGGCAAGCAGAAUACGGCACGUGCAAUACGGCAUGACACCGGUUGUGACUGUGUGGGGUGAGCCUGCACCCCUGCAUCCGGAUGCACGAGGGAGCUGGGUGUCGGUCGGUUUCGAGAACUUAGGACGUGUGGGAAAACCGCACGGUUGGGAGCUGGCGAAUUGCAGGCGGGUUGUGUGCACUGCGUUCCGGGUGUGUGUUUUGCGGUCUGGCCAGUGCUCGUAUCUUAAGAAGGCAGGUGCGGCGCCGGUGACAGAUUUCUGAAAUAGGGCAUCUUUAAUUUUCAGAAACCCG